GAGCAACAUAGUGAAUGCCAAACACUGAACAGACAGAACAGCGCGCGCUGGAAUACUAUCAAGGACGCGCGAGGAACAGGGUCACGCAGGAGUCAGACGCUGCAUGCGUUGAGCUCAAAUCUGCGCAGGCUGCAGUAACUGUAGGGUGCAGAAAAGGAACACAAAAAGCGCAAUUAAGGAUUUAAGAACAGUAUGCACAAUAAAGAUGCACCUUGCGAAUGCAAACGUUUACAGGUCUGGUGUCAGUUUUGCUAGUGUUUCUGUGGCUGGGUGGAAACCUGGUCUCGCCCCUCCGACCCAUCUGUGACCUGAGGGUUCUGGACCACUUUGUACGAGAAGCUCGAGAUUCUGAGGUCAUCAUGCGAGGUUGCAGAGGAGGCUGUGGAGCGAUGAAAUCCUAUUUUGUUCCUCUGACUAGUGUUGACUUUGCUGUUUUGGAACAUAUGGAUGUUAAUGGACAGGCCGUGGAGGUCCAGACUGGUUUGUCUCUGCUGGAUCAGGCCCUGAAUAAUGCGAUGAAAACAGUGAGCAACUCUCCUCUGGCCAAUGCGCUGGAUAACAACAUCAGUAACAUCCACAGCCUCGGCCAGAUCCUGCACAGUCUUGAUUUACAGGCCAGGUCCACAGUUCUUCCAGAUGAUUCAGCUCCUGCCAGCACACAGACGCAGGAGGUCUCCUCUCUCCCAGAACUUCUGCAGGUGCAGAGCAGUUUCCUGCGAGGGAAAGUCAGACUCCUGCUUUCAGCUGCACCAGCCUGCCAACGGCAAAACAGCUGAUGCGAGCUCAGAGGAGUUCGGGAAAUGUUUUCAGCAGUCAGACAUACACAACAAACCCGGACAAGAACACUUGAUUGUGACACGUUACCAAAUCUAAAAUCUUAAAGAGCUUAUGCGUUCCAGGUGUCGCUCUUCAAAUGGUCUUCUGCAUUCAUGCCAUGUUUCUGGAGUAUGCAUCAUGCGGCGAGAGAAGCAAAACAGCAGUGACACCUUGACUUAUUCAACAAGGCAAACAUGGCAGAAGAUCCUGUAGAGGAACAUUUCAGAGCCCACAAGUGGACUCAAAGGCUUCUGGAUCUUCUGCUACAGUACAUCUGAGACACUUUUAUUUAAUUAUAUUUGUAUGUUCAGUUUUCUACAAAUCCAUGAAUUGUGCUGCUAUUUUUUCAUUUUUUAGUAGGCAGUGUACACACUCUACAGGACACGUCCUUUUCUGAGAUGUGUACAUUUAACGGCAGGACCAAAGGUCUUUUUUUGAGGGUUCAGCAGGGUCUGCCAAGUGGACACCAUGCUGUGAGGCUGUGUGAAGUAUGCUUCCAUCUAGAGGACAAAACAGGAAGUUUAAAUGAAAACACACAGUUUAGCACAACAGCGUGCAAAUAAGGAGACAGGUCUUGUCAGUAUGUUUAAUAACCUUUUUUAAUGUUGUCCAGUUCAGAUACACAACAUACAGUGUGUAGUAGCCUGUAUAGGAAAUAGAAAUAUGAAUUUCAUUCUUAAGACCCGUUGCGGUCAUACAGUCCCCUCAUCUCAAGCCUUUUUUAUGUUGCUGAAAUUCAACAAAAUGAAACUCAACAGGUGCAAGUCUUUUUUUGGCGACCAAGCAUUAAUACUCAACAGUUGUGUUUCUCAGUAUUUUUUUUCUUCAUAUUUUUUUCUUUAAAUCCUCUAUAAUACAUAGGCAACCCAGACAAAAAGUAUCACCAUUUAUGUCUGGUGAGAGUGUGCUUUAUAUGUCUGUCAGUUGCCAGUAGAAUCAUCUCUCUCCCUGUAUUUUGUAGAAAAAUAUGAACUGUUUAAAUUCUCUACUUUGAAAUAUAUGCAGCUCAAAUUCACAACAAAGAGAUAAGCCACAACUCUGUGGAAUCCCGCCUUCACUCCAACAAAUCUCCAAUGGUUUGGGUAACAUUAAAUUUCUAAGAACUUACAACCAGGUAAGAGAAAACAAACACCCCACAGUGUCAUUUAGUCCACUGAAGCGUAAUAAAGAACACCCAGGAGAAUGACUCAAACAGCAGGCCUCUC